AUGACUCUUUCUUUAGAUUUUAAUACAUUAAAUGACACACCCAAACCGGAUCUGCCUUACGUCGAAGGUUAUGAAUUUUCUGCUCUCGAAUUCAGCCCACCUAAACCCCAAACUAAGCCAACCUUCGGCCUUACUCCAGAAGAAGCUUUUCAAAGGGAGAACACGGACGUCUUAGCGCGCUGCCUGGCCAAGAAGGCUUUUCCUGGUCAGCCGGGCUCUCACACCUUGCGCUUGAAGAUAAGAGAGCCUAUCCGAGUAGGCGAUGGAAAGACCUCGCAAAUUGUUCUAGUGGACGUUGUUUCUGGCCAGGGUGCUACACCUAUUGUUGCAAAAAUAUACGACCCGCUGUAUUAUGAUCAUUCUAAUGAUGAUGUGGAUCCCUUCCUCUAUGUUCACAUUGAACACAGUCGGGAAACUGCUGCUUACAGGCACUUGCAGGCCUGUGCAGAGAAACAUGUUCCUGAGUAUUAUGGUUCUUAUACCAUGGACAUCAGUUAUUCCAACGGACAAUUUCGUACGGUGGGAUUGAUACUGUCUGAAUAUAUCAACGGAGAAUCUAUGGAUACACUGCAGCCACAGAACUUUACGCAGCCCGUUCGAAAAGCCAUUAUGCAACAGAUUGUUAAUGUAGAGUCUCGACUCUACGAGGAUAAUUUAUGGCACCGGGAUACAAGUCCACGGAAUAUCAUACUCUCGACUUCCAGCCUGCAUAUCACAUUUAUUGACUUUGGUCACACGUCUCUCGGUCGAUCUCGUGACCCAACGGACAAGGAUCAAGAAAGCCGAUUUUUACCGGGAACGUAUAUUAGCCCUAUGUUAAGGUGGUAUAGGACUCGUGGUAGAGAACCUGUUUCUAAUUUCGAAGAGUGGAUAGACUGGGAUUGGAACAGCUGGCUAUUCGAGACCUAUGGUUCAGAUAGAAGAAUGAUCAAUGCUGAUAUGAUACAGAGAUGGGUGCCCCCGAGUGCGCGACAGGAGGUUGCCUCCAAACUAGGAUAA